UCGACGUUUCAUUAUACCUUCCAACAUGGCAAGUAGGAAAAGCUCCAGUAAGAGGCAGGCGAAUAAGGACAAGUACUCCGUUCUUUUACCCACGUACAACGAGAGGGAAAACUUGCCUUUGAUCGUGUGGCUGCUGGUGAAGUAUUUCGGCGAAAGUGGCUACGACUAUGAGAUCAUUGUGAUCGAUGACGGGAGUCCAGAUGGGACCCUUCAAGUGGCGCAGCAACUGCAGGGCAUCUACGGUGCACACAGGGUUCUUCUUAGACCAAGGGAAAAGAAACUUGGAUUGGGGACUGCUUACAUCCACGGCAUUAAACAUGCUACCGGAAAUUUUAUCAUCAUUAUGGAUGCUGACCUCUCUCACCAUCCCAAAUUUAUUCCUGAAUUUAUUCAGAAACAGAAAGAGGGGGGGUUUGACGUGGUCUCUGGCACACGGUACAGCGGCAAUGGGGGUGUUUAUGGCUGGGACCUUCGAAGGAAACUCAUAAGCAGAGUAACAUCCUUUCUUUCUUGUAGUCGGGGAGCCAAUUUUCUUACUCAGGUUCUGCUGAGACCCGGAGCUUCAGACUUGACUGGCAGUUUCAGGUUGUACAAGAAAGAGGUACUGGAGCAGCUUGUGGACAGAUGUGUGUCCAAAGGGUACGUUUUCCAGAUGGAGAUGAUUGUCAGAGCUCGGCAGCUGGGCUACAGCAUUGGAGAGGUUCCAAUCUCAUUUGUGGACCGUGUUUAUGGAGAAUCCAAACUUGGAGGGAAUGAAAUUGUUUCCUUUUUGAAAGGAUUGCUGACUCUUUUUGCUACUACUUGAUGAGCUUACAUGGACUUAGUACUGGUCUGUAGUUUUUGUACUUCAGUUGUUAGUCAGAAUCUUUGUCAUUUAGUACGAUACUGUGAGAAGAAAUAGAUUUUUAUUUUUUUUUUCUGUGAGUGGCAGAGAAAAAUAUUCAUUUAAUUUUUUGCCUGUUUUUCUCUAUAGACUUAAAGCUACAAUAAUAUUGGUCACAAUCAUUUUCAAAUAUUUUCAAAAUUAUCCUGUUGUCACUGUCUCCAUUAGAUUAUACUACAUGAAUUGCAUAAAACCACCAAUACUACAUGCAAGUAGAUGUCUGGUAAUAAAGUAAAUGCGAAGAAAGGAACUGUCUGUCUGUCUUCAGGUCAUCCUGCUGUUAAUGUGCUACUCUAUACUGGCUUAGAAGUCUGCAUGGGAUGAAGGAAAAAUUAUUUUCAUUCAAAGCAACAUAACUUAUUAAAAUGAUUAAAGCCAAUUUUCUUUAAAAAUGGUCAUGUACAGCCGUCUGUGCCAAAACUUGCAUGAUUAUUAAUGGAGAAAUGUACAUGAAUUUCCAUAAUGACAUCAUGGAUGGUGUGUAAUGUUUAAAAUGAUUUAGGGAUUAUGUUUUCUGAAGUGUAAAUUGCUGCAGUGAGACCGCUUCAGGGUUAAAUGAUGGUGGACAUAAAGUACAGUCCUCACAAGUGAUAGUUUCCACUGCUGUAUGCAAAACACAAAUGCUUUAUGAUUCUCUUUAUUUUCCUUGUGUUUCAGUCAAAUGCUGGAUCACUGAAAUUAGGUCCACCUAAUUUCUUAGACUUUACAUCAGCCUACGCAACAGAAAUACAUCAUGUAAACCACCUUUAUUUGCUUGCUUUUUUUUUUUUCUUUUCUAAAGCAUGCACCUUUGGAGAAAAGUGCCUGCUAAAUGAAUAAAUGAAAAAUUUGGCCAUGUUAUUGUUGCAUGUGGAUCCGAGAGCUCCAAAAGGUUCUUCGUUUUGCCUCCAAUGUGGUGGAAUGUGCUCCCACACUAUUCAGAACUUCUGAAUCUUGCAAGAAGAGUGAAUAUGCUUCUUUUUCAGACCCAUUUCUUUCCUGAUCUCUUAUCUGUUCCACAAAAGUUCAUCUGCUAAAGACAAAAACAAAUAUUUCCUAUAAAUUCUAUAUACAGGUAUUUGUGCAAUGUAUGCUGUCAAAAAGAGUGGUAUUGGACUAAUUCACUGUACUUCACAAAUUGCAUGUCUAGAUGUCUCUCCAUCUGUUGUGAAAUAUGCU